UAACUGAAAACACUGCUUCAUAGUCAUAGUUUGUCAAUUGUCUGUGGUUCAGUAAUUUUUUUCAUUUUCGUGAGAAGGAUGUCUACUGUGUUUUAAAGUUAUAUUUUGGUCAAAUUAUAGCGAAAGCUUUUUUAUAUAUUUGUAUUAUUUCAAUUUCCAGUGUAGUGUUCAUCAAGCUAUAGCUUGCAGUUUGAUUUAUAUAGUGGAUAAAGGAGAAUUAUUAAUAUAAUCCGGCAUAAACCUGUGGUCCUUGAUCAUCUAGGAUUUUGUCAUUUGUAUAACUUAAAUAUAUCUUCGUAUGUGCAAAUUCUAUGGCGUCAUUAUCCUUACCCCGUGUCCUCCAACUGAAGAAGAACAGUUUGGAGGCUGAACGAGAGCAGUUUGAAAAGUUUCAGCGUAACUCUUACUAAUGCAUGCUGACACGGCUCUGCACUAAUCCGUUACUAUGGCAACCCCUGCAGACAAACGUUUCCACCAGCUGAAGAAGAUACAUUUCAAUCAAACACCUUUUACAUUGGCUAUACAGAAAGCUAUCAACACAAUAGAGACACCCGUAAAAGAGAAACAUGUCCGAAGUACGAUCAUUGGCACUUUCCAGGAGCAGAGCGCUACUACUUAUUGGAUGGUGGCGAUCCGGCAGCCGUUGCAGGACAACCGCAUCGUGGCGUGGAAGUUCUGCCACGUGACGCACAAGCUGCUGCGCGAGGGCCACCCCGCCUGCCUCGACGACUCGCAGCGCCAUAUACACAUGAUCGAGAACCUCGGCAAGCUAUGGGUGCAUCUUCGGGAAGGUUACGGUAGACUAAUAAAUUUAUAUUGCAAUCUGCUGGUGACGAAGUUAAAGUUCCACGCCCGAAAUCCUCGGUUCCCCGGCAAUAUGUUAUUGACUGUCGAUGAGCUGGAUGCUAUCGCCGAAAAUGACGUCAACAACUAUUUUCAGAUUUGCGUGGAACUAUUUGACUAUAUGGAUGAUAUACUCACUUUGCAAGCUGCAGUUUUCGACAGUCUGGGCAACGCUCGAGCGAACUCGAUGACAGCGAGCGGACAGUGUCGGUUGGCAGCAUUGAUCCCUUGCGCUCAGGACUCUUCGCACAUCUAUGACUGCAAUGUGCGUCUUCUGUUCCGACUACAUGCUUCUCUGCCGCCUGAUGUUCUAGCUGGGCAUCGAGAGAGGUUUCGGCAGCAGUUCAAGAAACUAAGCUCCUUCUACAAACACGCGAGCAGCCUACAAUACUACAGGAACUUGUUAACGCUUCCGGUUCUGCCUUCCAACCCACCUAAUUUCCUACUCCAGAGUGAUUUCGGCACGUACGUGGCGCCAGUGGUUUCUAUCCCGGAGCAGCCGCCAGACGACACGGACACCGUUGGCUCUCUGAUUGACACGUCUGAUACUAUUAGCCAGGUGACAACUCCAGAUAACAUGGAUAUGGUGGACACCCGCGCCACGCCUUCUCCGAUCCCAGACCCUAUAGUGGAGCGAGAUCGACUUAUCGAACACCUUCAAAACGAGCUCAGGCGAAUGCGGUCAGAAGUUUCGCAGAUAAUACAAGAAAGGAACACAAUGCUCGGAUCAAUGAGGGAACAUUGCACAAGAAUGGAGUCACAGCUUCGUGCCACAAAGAAUGAGCUUGAGGAAGAAAAACAAAAGGCUGAAGUUUUAUUAGUUGAGACACCACAAAUCAAAAAAAAACUCACAGAUACGGAAGAAAAAUCUAAAGUGCUAGAUGAGAAAUUCCAAAAACUAAAAGGAGCUUACACACAGUUGAGAGAAGAACAUAUAGCAUUGAUAAGACAGAAAGCGGAGGUUGAUAAAUUGUCUGCAAGUUUACGAGCCGCCGCGGCCCAACAUGAAAGUGCGAAAACAGCAUUGCAACAACAACUGAACGAUCGAACGAAGCAUGUCGAACUUCUCCAACAAAGUGCAUCCUCAAGUGAGGAAAUAGAGGCGUACAAAAAUGAAAUAGCACACCUUCGAAGCGAUCUAGAACAAUCUAGGCUCAAAGAAGCAGAGUUAGAAUCUCUUAAAGCAUCAAUCGAAACCUUAGAAAUUGAGCAUAAGACGGCUACCACUGAACAACAAGAGAAGCUUACAGUUUUAGUUAGCGAUCUAAAAGAGGCGAAAGAAAGUAUUGAAAAAUUAAAAACAGAGGUAACAGAUAAAGAGAGUGAGUUAAGCAAAGUAAAGGAGGAGUUAGUAGGACUUCGAGCAAAGAGUAGUGAUGAGUACAAAAAAGCAAUAGAGGAGAAAGAAGAUGCCCUCAAACAGUUAUCUGAACUGAAACAGCGCUAUGAACAGGAGAAGGAGGAAUAUAUAAGUAACGCUAAUAUAUUAGAGGGUGAUUUGAAUAUUUUGCAAACUAAAUUGACUGAUGCACAAAAUAAUUUUGAAUCACAAUGUCGGGAAUUAAAAGAGGAAUUGUCUUUGAAAAAUGAAAAAUUUGAAAAUAUUCUAAAUGAGAAAAAUAAUGAAAUUAAGGAAGCUCUUGCAAAACUUAUUUUAUUACAAAAUGAAAUGGAAAAUGUCAAAAAUAAUAAAGAAAAACUUAUACAAGAGCAGUCCAACGAAAUAAAUGAGUUUAAGCAAAACAUUAACGAAUUUCUCCAAGAAAAGAAACAGUUAGAAGUACUUAUAGAGGGCUAUGUAGAACAAAUUAAGAAACUAGAUUCAAAGGUACUACAAGAACAGGAAAACAAAAUACAAUUAGAGGUUUCAUUGUCUCAAAAAGCACUGGAAUGUCAGACCUUGAUUGUAGACAAACAGGAACUUGAAAAAUCUUUAAUGGAAUGGCAAAGCAAACACAUUGAUUUGACUGUUGAGUUAGACAAAGUUUACCAAGAUGUACAAUUUGAAAACGCUUUGAAGUGUGAAAUAGAAGAUUUAAAAACUAAAUAUGCGCGAUUAGAAAUAGAUAAAGAUACUGAAACAAAAAUACUAAAAGAUGAACUAGAACGUGAAAUAUUAGAAAAAGAUGAGGCUAUUAGUGAAGCACAGAAGACUAUUGAUGAUCUAAUGCCUAAAAUAACUGAACUAGAACUAAUUAAAGAAAACAAUUUAAAAACACAAAUACAGAACGACAAUUUACUUGUAGCUAUCUCCGCAAAAGAUAAAGAAAUUCAGUUAACUGAAGCUAGAUUAAAACAUACGGAGAGCGAGAGAUUGACAGCAGAGUGUGAAUUACAGGACUUGUUACAACACAACACAGUCCUUGAGGCUGACAUGGCGUCACUCAAAAUACAGUUGGACGAAGCGAACGCACUUAUUAAAAAACAAUCUUGGAGAUUGGUGGCAUGUGCCGGCGAAAGUGCCUUGGAAGUGGUGAAUGGAGCUCUGUCCGCUUUCGAGCAUUCCAAUGCGCAAGAUGCCAACAAGCUCGCAGCUCAGCUGGCUUCCAAAGCGUUUGAGGACCUCGCUAGAAAAGAUCAGAUCGAGGGUAACGAGGAGCUAGUGGCCAAAUCGUCAAUAUUCGCGGCUCACAAUGCAGCACAACUGUCUGCGUAUGUCGCCGACCUCUCCAAUAUUUCCACCGACUUGGAACUUUCUGAUAAGUUGAACAACGAAUGCCGAAGUAUGCUCACAUCAACGAAGCAAUGCCUCGAGACUAUAACGGGCGGCAGUUUGGACCGCGCGUCGUGUAUGGAGGCGCGCGUAAGCGUACAGAGUGUCGCGCUCACGGCGGCGGCCGCGGACCGCCUCGCGAGCGGCGCGCGCAGCGUGGACGACGAGCUCGCUGACAUGGACAGCGCGAUCGAAGACGCGGCCAACCAGAUCGAGAGUUUGUUAGCGGCCAGCCGGGCGGGUGACUCCGGUGUGAAGCUAGAAGUGAACGAGAAGAUUUUGGACGCUUGCACGACGCUGAUGGGCGCAGUCAAGCUGCUGGUGCAGGAGUCCCGCAAGCUGCAGAACGAGCUCGGGGACCCCAAAACUCGCCAGAAGAUGUACCGCAGAAACCCGCAGUGGUCCGAGGGACUGAUAUCUGCGUCCAAAGCUGUUGUGUUUGCUGCGAAGCUAUUAGUAUCGUCUGCGGACGAGGCGGUGGGAGCGGCGGGGCGCGUGGAGGGCGUGUCGGCGGCCGCGCACGAGGUGGCGGGCAGCACGGCGCAGCUGGUGGCGGCGUCGCGGGCGCGCGCGCCGCCCGCCGCACCCGCGUUGGCGCGCCUCACCGCCGCGUCACGCGCCGUGGCCGCCGCCACCGGCGCCGUGGUGGCAGCCGUGCGCGGCGCCUCCGCGCUCGUCAGGGACCAGGAAACGCUGGACACAUCCGCGCUGUCGCUCACGGCCACGCGGCGCCUGGAGAUGGACAGUAAAGUGCGUGCGCUGGAACUGGAGAGCGCGCUGGAGGCAGAACGGUCCAAGCUGGCGGCGCUGAGGAAGCGGCACUACCACCUCGCGCAGCUGCAGGAGAAUGGCAAUGUGACUAACGGCGAAGAGUGAAGCAGGCACUGGGAAGCCACUAAACAAAAUUUUAUACACACGUUUUAUACAUGACAAACCAUAGAAUACACAUACUCGGCUGUAGUUGUCAUUGCACGAGAUUUAUCAUUUUUCAGAGUUCCGUACCUCAAAAGGAAAAACGAAUCCUUAUAGGAUCACUUUGUUGUCUGUCUGUCUGUCAAGAAAACUUAUAGGGUACUUCCCGUUGACCUAGAAUCAUGAAAGGCAGGUAGGUAGGUCUUACAGCACAAGUAAAGGAAAAGUCCGAAAACCGUGAAUUUGUGGUUACAUCACAAAAAAAAAAUUAAAUUGAGUUCAUGAAAAAAUUAAUUUACUAAAUCACAUGUAGAUGGCGCUGGUAUUUUUAACUUGCAGUAUUGCACAUAAAAAUGUUAAAAUAUUUUGUAUGAAAAUUUUCCGGAAUAUGGUCUGGAACGGUUUUCUCAUUAUGUAGCCACAUUAUCAGCAACAAAAUGUAUGUAAAUGUCAUAGUUAACAUUUUAGUUGAAGAUGUAUAAUUCUGCAGCUAAGUUGAAGUGUAACAGUUAAUUUUGUCUCAACGAUCAUUCUUAAACUGCAUUUAAAUUAUAUACAACGAACAUUU